UGAUCGUUACCGGCCCGGAAAGGCUCAGUUCGAUUCGAGCGUCGGUGCGGAAUGCACAACGAGUCCAGUCGAGAGUACCCCAAAAAAGGAUCGGUUCAAUCUGGUUGUGUCUAGCGCAUAGUAUAGCGGCCAUUGGUGUUUUGCAUUGGCUUAGAUUAAAGCUUUUUCGUGGUUGAAAACAGAAGUUGUCUUUUGGUGGUUAAAAUGUGUGAAAAUUCCAUGAUCACAGAAUACCCACAGGUCGAGUGUCUAUCGGCACCUACGACCCGGUGAAGAGAUAGUUCACACCGCGCUGUCAGUAUUCGCUUCGCCAAGCUCUAAGAGAUACCGUGGGUCUACGAAGUUCAUUGAAUCCGGCUUCAACUGUGUUGCAUAGAGUCAGAGCCUAGAUAUGCAUUUAAUCUGUGCCAAAGCGAACUGAUUUUCACUUUUGUGUUGAAUACUACAUCGUCGAAACAAGAAAGUCGUGGAAAGUUUCAUAUUAAUUUACCACCAAUAAUCGGAAUAGUGAUUGUGUUCAACGACAAUUGGCAGUCAGUGCGUUAGACAAAACAAAUUCCUGUUCGAAGAAAACACAUUAGAUCAGUAUUGGCAAAAGUGUGGCAACUAUCGGUGCGAAUCGAAGUAUUGUUACCAAUGAAUGAUCUCGCAAACAUAUUUCCCAGUACAUAUAGAUGACGAGUAUGUACUGAGCGGCAAGUGGUGUAUAAAAUUGCGCGUUCUACUCUGCUGCCAUUCGUCCCAGAUCGGCAGGACGAAUCUUCAGUCGAAGCAGUGUUAUCAAAUGCAAUUAAUCCUAGCUUUCUAAUUAGUGGUGUCAAAAGUGCCAAAGUGCAACAGGGAGACAAAUCGAAGCGCAACGCGGCUUGAAGAUAAUAGCUGAUCCAUCUUGAACCGCGCCAAUCAUUCUCAUCCUGAAUAGCGGUGUCCUAUCAGCACCAGCGGCAGACAAUCAUGGCAUUGGACUUUACCAGGCGCCAGUGGCUCACACUGAUUAUCAUGGGGUUGGCGGAUUUUUGCAACGCAAUCUGCGUCAGUUUACAAGCACCAUUCUUUCCCAAUGAGGCAGAACGAAAAGGUGCCACAGCUACAGAGUACGGUCUAGUAUUUGGAAUUUUCGAGCUGGUAGUGUUCAUAAUUUCCCCAAUCUACGGACAGUGCAUCAACCGGAUAGGGCCAAAAGUAUUAUUUAACAGUGGGAUUUUCACUACCGGAACCUCGGCUAUCCUUUUCGGUCUUCUGGAUCGGAUACCAAAUCACAUACCUUUUAUCACCUGUGCUUUCAUUAUCCGAAUCGUGGAAGCUCUAGGUAACGCUGCAUUCUUGACAGCAUCCUUCGCCAUUAUUGCCAAAGAGUUCCCGAAUAAUGUGGCCACCACUUUUGCAUCCUUGGAAACGUGCUUCGGACUGGGACUGAUCGUGGGCCCCAUGGUCGGUGGAGCCCUAUACUCCGUUGGUGGGUACUACCUACCGUUUGUAGUGCUCGGAUCGGCGCUGUUCGUUACCGCAAUCCUUACGCUGUGCAUCCUUCCCAAACACCCGAAUCAACCCAUCGAGGAGAAUGACAAGCGAACUUCCAUGUGGGGAGUUCUGAAGAUUCCGGGUGUUUUAGUGAGUUCGCUAGCGAUUUGUGCUACCAGUGCUUCAAUCGGUUUUCUUAGCGCGACACUGGAACCACAUCUGCGGCAGUUUGAGCUGGGUCCAAUUCUGUUGGGGGUUGUAUUUGUGAUCAACGGUGGAAUCUAUGCCCUCACAGCGCCCAUUUUUGGAUGCAUGGUGGACAAAUUUCUGAGCCCCAAAGUGUGCUCUACAAUGGGCUGCUUUUUUGUUGAAGCCGGUUUUCUGAUAGUUGGACCAGCAUCAUUCUUGCCAAUUGAGACCACUCUUGAAGUAGUAGUCGUUGGUUUGGUACUCCAUGGACUUGGAAUUGCAGCUGUGCUAGUUUCUGGAUUUACCGAUUCGCUCAGGACUUCAAUUGCCAAAGGUCUCCCAGACAGCAUCGAAACGUACGGCCUUGUAUCCGGCCUGUGGACAUCGACCUUUGCCUUCGGGGCCUUUGUUGGACCCUCGGUCAGUGGUCUCCUGUUCGAUGCCAUCGGGUUUCGCGGUUCGACAUUGUUCAUCGUCGGAUUGGAGCUGAUCGUGGGCAUCAUUCUGCUGUUCUUCAUCAUGUGUGACAAGACUCCAUCGCAGUACAAAGAAAUCUCGUCGGUUGAGUCGCUUAUCAAAAGCCAGGACAGCAUAUCGCAUGACAGCGUCCUGGGCAGCCGCAGCAGCAGCUUGGAUAUCAGUUUUCGAGGGCGAGGAAGUCAGCAUUCACUUGCUAUUGAUUCGUGGCGCCCAUCUGCAAACAGCCUGAUUCUGACCAACAGCUACAACAGUAAGCAAGGUCACUGGGCACGAUCGGUCACCGAGUUGGAAUCCAACAAUGUGGCUCAAUAUGGACCGCAGUAUGGCAGUUUUGAUGCUCGACCGGCCUAUCAGGACACGAUGUCAUAACAAAAAACUCCAUGUCAAUAGCAUUGGUCAAUUUGACGACCAAUGCAUGGAUAAACCUGCCAUUCUUGUUCCCCUAACUAGGAUGUAAAUAUAGUUAACGUUUCAUAACUCAUAGGAUUUUCACUAUUCACUAUUUCCCAUUGCGCUGAAACAACUGAGUCUCAAUCGCAACCGAUAGCAGUUAUACUGAGUCAAAAGAUUAAACAUUUACCCACAAGACUUGUUCUAGCUUUAUACUCUGUAAUGCAAAAAUACGUCAAACGUACUGGAAGAUAGGAUCGUGGUAACCAAAGAAACAUUUGGCAUUCACGUGAGCUUUCACGACUAUCAGCCGAAGAAACGCGUCAGCUAUUUGCGCAUAGCUCAGAUUUUUCCAAAUACUGCUCAGUGUAGCAACAAAGCUAGGAAAUUAGUUGACAUUAAUUUUAGCAUUGUCGUUUUGCACUCUUUUGCAACUCCUCCUGAACAUGUCUUUCGCGUAAAACAUUUAACAUUACUUACUGAUUUGUUGCUAUAGAAGUGAAAAAAGCGAAUCUAAUCUCGUUGAAACGCAAAGCAUUUGCCAUGACUGGAGGUUCGCGAGCAUGCGGUGCGAGAUGAACCAUAAGAAAAUGCGAAAAAAAAAUCAAGAACCUUUAUUAAUGUGAUGAUAGCAUUUACUCUCUACGAAGCAAACAAAAAAGCGUGAAGGCGAUAAGCGCGAUACUGUAGAAAUGAAAACCAACAAAAAGCACAAUAAAUAUAGGCUAUUUAUAAUGAAACCAAA